GGUCCGUGACGCAAAACCGGCGCAGUCGCUCGCGAGACGUGCGGCGUGGAGGUUCGCCGAUGACGCUUCGCGUUGGAGGAGCGUCACGUGUCUCGUCCUCCGGUGAAUUUAACAUUCAGCUUCGCCGGCGAGUCUGAGAUGACCGGCCCGUUCUUUCAGCCGAGUUGGCUGCGCCAAAUUUCGAGAGAUUUGCGCGCACAAGCAUGAGAAUCGCCCCCGGAUAACGGGAACGCCUGAAAGCGGGACGACGAAAGCGUGAGACGUUCAUCAGACGUCUUAUUUACGAACGUCUUUAAAACUCCCUAGAGACGUCUUACGUCGUCCCGAUUUUAAACGUUGCGUUGUCUAAGAUCAUAAUUAUCCUUCAUACGCUUCAAUUUGUUCGUACCUCGUUGCCGGGCACGGGGAACGUCGUCUUCGUCGCCUUGCGAAUAAUCCCUCACGCCGAGUCGGACGAUGAGGACCGGAAUCUGGUCAUGUCAAUGUGCAUCGAGAUCAACAGUAGUCUGUGCUCCGUCGACGAGGACGUUUGCGUGUCGAACACGAUCGAGCGGGUCGACCCGGCGACGGUGACGUACAACGACUUCUUCUCCGAGUACCUGAUACGCAACAGACCCUGCGUCGUCGGCUCGCAGGCCACUGCGAAUUGGCCCUGUAGACGCGAAUGGGUGCUGGAGGAUGCGCCGAAUUUCGAGGCGCUCCGCGCGUCUUUCAGCCACUCCCAAGUGCCAGUCGCCGAUUGCAACAGGAAAUUUUACAACUCGCAAUUCAAGGAUGACAUGUCCAUGGGGAGUUACCUGGACUACUGGAUCAGUUAUAGGCAGAACGAUUACUCGAAAACGAUGCCGUUGCUGUACCUGAAGGACUGGCACUGCGUGAAAAACUUCCCCGACAUCCCGAUCUACGAAGUGCCGCGGUACUUUGUAUCCGACUGGUUGAACGAAUACUAUAUCGCUCAUCCCGAAUUAAACGACGAUUACAUGUUCGUGUACAUGGGUCCGAAAGGGUCAUGGACUCCGUUGCACGUGGACGUUUUCACAUCGUACAGCUGGUCCGCUAAUAUAGUCGGGAGAAAGAGGUGGCUGCUCUUUCCUCCGCGCGAGGAAGAUCGUCUUCGCGAUCUUUACGGCCAAUUAGCGUACGACGCGGUGUCGGAGGAGCUUAACGACCGUACAAAGUACAAAGCGUACGAUAGCGCGAAGUUGAGAUAUCUGGAUGUGGUUCAAGAAGCAGGGGAGAUUAUAUUCGUGCCGUCUGGAUGGCAUCAUCAAGUCUGGAACUUGCGGGACACAAUUUCCAUUAAUCACAAUUGGAUAAAUGGCUGUAACAUCACCGGCGUGUGGUCCGCGCUGAAAAAGGAACUGAGGUCUGUCAUGAGAGAAGUCGAUGAUUGCAGGGACAUGAAAAAUUGGAACGAACAUUGCCAAUUGAUGCUAAAAACGUCGUACGGCAUGGACUAUAAGCAGUUUCUCGAAUUUAUAUCGUUUAUUGCUAAGAGUCGUCUACAAGCUAUGGUAAAAAAAGGUCAAGUUGUAAGCUUCGAUAAGUAUCUUCUUGGACGUAAUCACUGUUCGUUCGACUUGGGGGUAUUGAAGAACGUAUUGGAAGAUUUUGUAACGGACGCGCAGGAUCUAUCUGUGUACAAUUUGAUGUGCGAGAACGACGAAGCCCGCGCAUUAUUAAAAAACAUCACCUCGGUUCUCGAGUCAUCCUGUAACAUUGAAAAUGUGAUUUCCCCGUGAACGCAAAACGUCAUUCGUCGUUUCGUAAUCGACGCGAAUUACAGAUUUUCGUUCUUCCUUACACGACGGUAUUCACUUUCGCAACUCUCUCUCGUACUGAAUUCUUAAUCUCUAGAUUCUUAUAAAUUCUCCACUUUAACUUUAUUUAAAUUUCCUCUUAGAAGAUAUAACAUUUCGCCGUGUCGCAUUCUAAGGUUACGUUUGUACAGUAAGCACUAUUGUUAGAUGCCGUCUUGAAUUAUAGCAGACUCAAGUAAAAUGCAUGAGAUAAUUAGAAAAAAAAAAAAACAGUCACGGUCGAGAAAGGAAAGAAUGAAGAAGGGGAAAACCGUAAGUGUCGCGCAACAAUAAAGCGUGUAGCGAAAAGCAAUAAUUAUCUCACGCCCUACAAUAAAUGUAAUUA